AUGUCAGAACUUAUAAACCCCACAAUCGUAAAGACUGCAAAGUCAUUGAAACUGCCGCCUGGAUAUGAACUUUCUACUGAUACCUCAUCCACUAAGAAGAACUCAACCAUAACUGCCACCAAGAAAGACCCGUUACAGAUUGCCGAGCUCAAGGUGAAAAAAGCAUGGGAGGUUGCAUUGGGGCCCGCCAAGUCAAUUCCUAUGAACUUGAUUAUGAGUUACAUGACGGGAAAUUCUCUUCAAAUCAUCCCAAUCAUGAUGACAUUCAUGCUCUUGUUGAAUCCACUCAAGGCCAUAUUCUCUGAAACAAACCUGAGUUUCCGUAACUUGACUACACCGGAAAACGGUACCGAUAUCCUCCUUGCCAAGAUAGUGUUUGUUAUCUGCCAGUUGGGAUGUGCUGGGGUUGGGGUGUGGAAACUCAAUAGCAUGGGCCUUAUUCCCAACAACAGGAGCGACUGGCUCGCGUGGGAAGAUGCUGUAAACGUUAAAGAAUGGAGUUCUAUAUUUUGA